AUGCGGCCGACCUUCCGAGCGAAAUCACAGAAAGCCAGGACGAUCGAUCAUCCCCGGACGAUCGAGCCUCCGGAUGCUAAGCCUGUCCCGGCCAGCCUUAAGAUCGACUUCAAAGGCAAGCCUUCACAUAAGGCCAUCAAGUUCAGCGAUAAGUCGAUCAUCCCCAGCUACCAGGGCUGCAGGAUUGCAUUCUACGAGGUGGAGGGCAGGGCUGUGCAGGGGUGCCUGCAGGCCCGCUCUUUGGACAGCCUGGCCGAAGUGGGGUUCGUGGCGGAGAAGGGGGACGCGCUGCAUUCCGCAGAAUGCCUAUUCAGUCCCACGGGGCGGCUGGAGCACCUGACAGUAAGCGGGGAGUCCAAGUACGCCAGCUUCACGCAGCUGGGGUUCGAGAUAAUCCUAUGCAGGGCGGCCUGGGUGACCCGCUCGCUGGCCUGCGCCAAGCCGUGCAGCUCGACCUGCUCAAACUUGGCCAGACAGAGACGAGCCCUGGCCAAGACGGUGCCCAGCCGCGCCCUCGCCGAGACCUUGUACUCGAGAUACAUCCCCCUCUGCCACGUCAUUAAUAAUAUGGAAGCAGGCUUCUAUCGGGUCGGCGAAGUCACCAGCCUCGCGGGGCUGGGCGUCGCCCCCAAGUUCAUCAAGACCGGCAGCACCUACCUCGAAGCCGCAGCUCACCAUCGUCGAGAUGGAGAAGGGCAUGGCGGUCACCGCAAGCCCAACAAGUCCGAGGCCGCCAUCAUGCACCAGCGGGACAACAUCAUCGCCCUCCGCGCGGCCGGCGAGGCGGGCCCUAUCAUCCAGGUCAUCAACAUGUCCACCAAGUCCAAGCUCAAGACCUGUGAGCUCCGGGAAAACGUGGUGUUCUGGAAAUGGGUCAACUUGACCAAACUGGCAGUCGUCACCACCGCCUCCGUCUACUUCCUGGACAUCACCAACGAUGGCCCUGCGGUCAAGGUGUUCGACCGCAGCGGGCCCAUGGCCGACAGCAACCCUGUCCAGGUGAUCGGCAUCACCGCCUCCUCCGAUGAGAAGUGGGUCGCCCUGUACGGGGUGUCGACCCCUGACGGCGGCAAAACCAUCAACGGGCACAUCCAGCUGUUCCUGGUGGAAGGCAGCCGGCAGCAGAAACGUGGACGCCUGGCCUGCACCUUCGGCCGGGUGUUCCUGCACAACGACAGCCACCGCUCCGAAGUGUUCUGCUACUGCGAGAAGAAGCCAGGUGAGUCCCCCCGGAUCAUGAUCAACGAGAUCAGUCCGGCGCCCGAGGGCUACACCAAGCACAAGAAGGGCUGCGACCUGCCGCUCGAGUCCCCCACCGACUUCCCGAUCUACUUCCAGGUCUGCGAGAAGUUCGGGGUGCUAUUCUGUGUGACCAAGGGCGGAGUGGUCUACGCCUUCGAGAUGAUCUCAUCGCAACUGAUCUACAAGUCCCGGUUGGCCACGGGUUAGACCUUUUUCACCUGCUGCAAGAACAGCCGCAACGACGGACUGCUGGCGCUGUCCCGCAGCGGGGCCCUGAUCGCCCUCCAGAUCGAUGAGGCUGCCCUCGUGCCCUACGUGCUCAACAAUUGCGGGUUCCUGCCGAACAACCAGACCCUCGCGGUCGAGCUGGCCACCCGUUACCACCUGCCCGGCAUGGAGAAACUCUUCCAGGAGCAGUUCAGCAGGCUGAUCGUGGCAGGCGACUACUCCGGCGCGGCCAAGGUGGCCGCCUCGGCCCCCGAGACCAUGUUCCGCAACAUGGAGACCAUCGCAAGGUUCAAGGCUCUGCCGCAGCAGCCGGGGCAGCAUCUGCCCAUCCUGAUCUACUUCCAGAAGCUGCUGGAGAAGGGCAAGCUGAACAAGGUGGAGAGCGAGGAGCUGGCCAAGUUCGUCAUUUCGCAGGGCAAGGGCGAGGCCCUCAAGAGCUGGUUCGAGCAGGGCAAGCUGGACAGCUCAGAGGCCCUGGGCGACAUCGUGGGGCAGGCCGACCCCGAGACCGCUCUCAAGAUCUACCGCGAUGCCAAGGCCCACGGGAAGGUGGUUAGCAAGCUGAACGAGCUGGGCAAGUACGACCUCGCGAUGAAGUACGCGGCCGAAACGGGGGCCAGCACGGACUACAUGGCCACCCUGCGCAGCAUGAUCGCGACCAGUCCCGAAGGCGCCCUGAGCUUCGCGAAGAACCUGUGCGCGAAGAACAAGAGCGUGCCCGUGCACGACAUCGCGGAGCUGUUCGCGUCGUACAACCGGAUGCCGGAGAUGACAGCGUUCCUGGUGGAGUGCAUGAAGGAGGACCGUGCGGAGGACGGGCCGUGGCAGACCAAGGCACUGGAGGUGAACAUAAUGACGGCGCCGCAAGUGGCGGAGGCGAUCUUCCAGAUGGGCAAGUGGUCGCACUACAACCGGAACAAGGUGGCAGUGCUGUGCGAGCAGAAGGGCAUGUACCAGCGCGCCCUCGAGAACUUCUCCGAGAUGAAGGACAUCAAGCGGGUGCUCAACAACGCCCACAUGAUCCCCGAGAAGGUCGUGCUCGAGUACUUCUCGAGGCUCAGCCCCGAGAUGGCCUGUCCGCUGAUGGUCGACAUCAUCAAGUACAACCGGCAGAACACCAAGCUGGUCACCUCCAUCGCCAUCGCCAACCACGCCCGCCUCGGCCUCAAGAACUGCAUCAAGGUGUUCGACUCCGCCAUGGCCUUCGACGGGCUGUUCUACUACCUCAGCUCGGUGGAGAAGGGCACCGACCGCGAGGCCUACUUCAAGUACAUCGAGGCGGCGGCCAAGUGCGGGCAGCUGAAGAUCGUGGAGGACGUGAUAAAGAGCAAGCCGGACUGCUACGAGGUGGGGCGGGUGAAGGACCUGCUGAUCGAGCUGCGGCUGCAGGACCCGAAGCCCCUCAUCUGCCUGUGCGACAUCCACGGGCUGAUCGACGAGCUGGUCAAGUACCUCUACAAGAACAACCUGCUCAAGUUCAUCGAGGUGUACCUGUUCAAGGUCAACAACGCGGCCGCCCCCGUCGUGUUCGGCACCCUCAUCGACCUGGAGUGCGAGGAGAGCUACAUCAAGCAGCUGCUCUACAACAUCCGCUCCAUGUGCCCCAUGGACAAGGUCAUCGACGAGUUCGUCAAGCGCAACCGCCUGCGCGUGCUCGAGAACUGGCUCGAGCAGCGCGUGCAGGAGGGCGUCCAGCUGCCCGAAGUGCACAACGCUCUCGCCAUGAUCAAGAUCGACACCAACGAGGAGCCCCAGGAUUUCCUGGCGCACAACCAGUUCUACGACUCGGCGCGGAUCGGCGCGUUCUGCGAGGAGCGGGACCCGCACCUGGCAGUGAUCGCCUACCGCAGGGCCUGGGGCAAGUGCGACCAGCAGCUGAUCGACAUCACCAACCGCAACUCGCUGUUCCGCAUCCAGGCCAAGUACCUGGUCGAGCGGCAGUCCGAGGACCUCUGGCGGGCGGUGCUGACGCCCGCCAACGACUACCGCGCCCAGAUCAUCGAGCAGGUGGUGGCCACCGCCCUGCCCGAGAGCAAGGUCAUCGAGGAGAUCACCACCACCGUGAAGGCCUUCCUGGAGGCCGGGCUGCAGCUGGAGCUGAUCGCCCUGCUCGAGAAGAUCGUCCUGCACCACAAGGAGUUCCGCAGCAUCCGCAAGCUGCAGAACCUGCUGAUAAUCACGGCGAUGAAGGCCGACCGCAGCAAGGUCAUGGACUACGUCAAGAAGCUGGACAACUUCGACGGGCCCGAGAUCGCCAAGACCGCCCUCUCGCCCAACUACAAGCUGUACGAGGAGGCCUUCAGCAUCUACGAGAAGCUGGGCAUGAACUACGAGGCCCAGGAGGUGCUCAUCGACUUCAUUGAGGACAUCGAGCGAGCCGACGAGUUCGCCAACCGCCACAACCAGCCCGACAUCUGGUCCAAGCUGGGGCUCGCCUACCUCCAUGCCCAGCAGACCAACAAGGCCGUCGACUCCUUCGCCAAAGCCAAGGACCCUUCCCACUACCUGGCCGUCAUCCAGGCCGCAGAGCACGAGCAGAACUACGAGGCGCUGCUGCGGUUCCUGCCGAUGGCCCGCGAAAUCACCAAGGACCAGCACAUCGACAACGCCUACAGCUACUCGCUGGCCCGGCUCGGCCGCGCCUCGGAGCUGGAGCAGUUCAUCAGCCAGCCGAACUCCUGCGACGCACAGAAGGUGGGGGACCGGUGCUUCGGGGACAAGCUGUACGAGGCCGCGAAGGUGCUGUUCACGUCGGUCAAGAACAACGCCAAGAUCGCAUCGUGCCUGGUGUUCCUGGGCGAGUACAGUGCUGCGAUCGAGGCUGCCAAGAAAGCCAACACCCCCCGCACGUGGAAGGACCUGUGCUUCGCGUGCGUGGCUGCAGGCGAGUACAAGCUGGCCGCCACGGCCGGCAUGCACGUGAUCGUGCACCCUGACCACCUGGAGGAGCUCAUCCAGUUCUACGAGAGGCAGGGCGUGCCCGAGGAGAUGAUCGGGCUGCUGGAGACGGGGCUGGGGCUGGAGCGGGUGCACGUGGGCAUCUUCACGGAGCUGGGCAUCCUGUACGCCAAAUACCGGCCUGAAAAGCUGACCGGCCACUGCAAGGCCCACCUCUCCAACAUGAACAUCCCCAAGCUGAUGCGCGUCUGCGAGAAGUACGGGCUGUGGCCAGAGGCGGUCUUCCUGCACACCAGCUACAACGACCCCGACAAGGCAGCCCACCUCAUGAUCGAGCACUCCCCCAGCUGCUUCGAGCACGAGGCCUUCGUCAGCCUCAUGAACAAGGUCUCCAACAGUGACCUGCACUACAAGGCCAUCCAGUUCUACCUGGACGAGCAGCCCAUGCAGAUCAACGACCUGCUCAAGGGCAUCGCCAAGAAGAUCGACCUGGUCCGCUGCGUCAGCACUAUCAAGCGCACCGGCUAUAUCGCCCUCAUCGCCCCCUUCCUCAAGCUCAUGCAGUCCUCCAACUCCAGGGAGGUCAACGAGUCCCUCAACGAGAUCUUCCUCCAGGAGGGAGACCAUGCUGCUCUCCGCGAAAGCAUCUCCCGCUAUGACAACUUUGAUGCCCUGGCGCUUGCUCGCGCCACGGAGGCGCACCCUCGUCUGGAGUUCCGGAGGGUUGCCUCGUUCCUGUUCCGCAAGACCGGCCGCUACGAAGACGCCAUCAAACUGUCGAAGGCCGACAAGCAGUACCGGGACGUGAUCGACACCGCCCGCGACUCCCAGAAGACCUCGCUAGUCGAGAACGUGCUGCGGUUCUUCGUGGAGCAAGGCGAGAAGGAAUACUUCGCAGCCACCCUGUUCACCUGCUUCGACUACCUGCGCCCGGACCUGGUGAUGGAGCUGGCGUGGAAGGCAGGGCUGAUGGACUACGCCAUGCCGUACAUGAUCCAGAUCACGCGCGACAUGUUCACCAAGAUCGACACCGUGCAGAAGAAGAACGAGGACCGCGAGAAGAAGGAGGAGCAGGCCGCCAAGCAGCAGAUGACCCAGCCUAUCGACAUCUACCCGACCGGCAUGCUCAACGAAACCCCCAUGCUCAUGAACGCCCCGGGAGACAGCUCCUAUGCAGGGUUCGGGGGCAUGUCCAUGAGCAUGGGCUCAGCCCCCCCGGGCACCCAAUCCCAGCCGCCUUCCUCGGGCGGCGGAUUCGGCCAGUUCACCAGCUGGCGACCAUGA